AUUUGAUACGUUGAGCUUAUGAACGGUCAAGAAAAGCGUAUAGGAUGUAAGCGAUGGUUGUCAGCCAACAUGAUGGUGCUGGAUGAUAUGGAGUGCUGAAUUUGCAUUAAGGGGACUGUGCUCCAGACAGGAUCAUGUAUCCCACUAGAGGCUUGGAGGCCUGCAGCAGCACCCGGAAAUCCUGAAGAAUCAAUGAUGGUCAGAACAUACAAAAGAAAAACAAACAGAGGUGGCUGGCAAGAGGAAGACAUGAGAAAAGCACUGGAAAGCGUAGCGCAAAAUCUUCAUUCAGUCCGCUUUGCAUCUCGGCUUUUUCGUGUGCCUAAGGACGCGCUGUGUAGACGGGCCAAGAAGUUAGAGAACUGCUGUAUCGAAUCCCUUUACAAGGCUCAGCUUGGAUCUAAGCGACGAGUUCUUACUGAAGAACAAGAAAGAAUGCUGGUCGACCACAUUGUAUGCAUGGAAAAGUCUCUCUCGGGGCUCACUUACAAAGAUGUCCAAAAGGUUGUUUUUGCAUUUUGCGAGGCAAACAAAAUAGCACAUCCAUUCAACAGGAUAAAUAGAAUGGCAGGGAGAGACUGGCUAUACUCAUUCAUGAAACGUCACAAGAAGGAUAUUACUCUCCAGAAGGCCGAAGGACAUUCCCUUUCCAGGGCUCAGUCGCUGCGCAGGUCACAGGUGAAUCAGUUCUUCAAUCGCCUGGAGGCUACAAUUCAUGAUCAGCGCCUCACACCAGGUUGCAUAUUUAGCACGGACGGAACUAGUGUCCCAAAUGUUGACUUUUGUGGGCAGACAGAAGAAGUUGGAAAGGUUGACGGUUGUGUGCAGACUGAUGUUGCCUUAAAGAGGACUUGUGAAGUACAGACUGAAUACUCCUUGAAGACAUCAGAUGCAUUUGUGAAUGCCCAAGGAGAGAAGUCGCUAGUGGAGUCCAGCUUGCCACAAGGGGCGUUGACUCCUCUUGUUGAAGAUGACAGCAUGCUGGUCUGCGAGCCUGCUGGUGAUGCAUGGGAGGAUGAAAGCGAGGAUGAAAUGACCGCCACUGUUCUGCAUACGGUCUAUCCCUGCAAGGAAUGUGGUGACCUGUUCUUGAAGGAAGAUGUGUUGAAUGAACACCUGUGGCAGGAUCACAAGCAGAGGAGCCAUCUCAGCUCGUAUAAAUGUCCACGCAGAGACGAGCUGCCAUUUGAGUGCCAGUUCUGUCAAAAGGGCUUCAGCCAGCGGGAGUAUCUCGACCGGCACCGGAAAGAACACUUCGAUGAAAGGAGCCGUCUCAUCUUGCAAGAAAGGACCCUCAGAGGCGAGGAGCCGUUUCAGUGCCAAUUUUGUAAAAAGGGCUUCAGCCAGCGGGAAGAUCGCGACCGGCACCUGAGAGACCACUUGGAUGGAAGAGAGCAGUCGGAUGAAACAGUGCACUGAGUGUGCAGAGUGUGGACAGCGUUUCACCCAGCAAUCUCAGUUGGCUUGGCACCAGAGGUUGCAUGUGGCCGAUGACACAUCCGCCAAUGUGUGCCCCAACUGCGGCAAGGCCUUCACGCAAAAGCACAUGCUCAUUGAGCAUAUGCUGUCCCAGCACACGGAGGGAAGGCCUCUUGCUUGCGUAGUGUGCGGAAAGACGUUCCCACGAAUCAGGAGUGUAAGGAGGCAUGAAGAAGUGGUGCACAAACGCAAUUACCAGCACCGCUGUCCAGUAUGUGAUAAAGGGUUUUCUAAAAAACCGGAACUAACGCGCCACUUAGAGUCACGUCACGGCGGAACACAAAGUCAGGAUGCAGUGAGCAUAUCGCAGUGCUUAACCUUAGAAGCAGAGGAGCAUUAUUAAAGUGAAAAAAAUUAACACUGUAAUGGAUUAGUGGCUUUGGUGUUGUUUUGCUGAGCGCGUGGUGGUGCGUUGAGCACAUGUUCAUUUAUUUUAUAUUCAGCUGCAGAGGCUGUGUUCUGAUGAAUGCAAAACCCCUGUACUUGAAUUUAGGCAUGCGGUAAAGGAGUCCCAGAUGAUUAAAAUCAAUCUGAAGCUUA